UUUCAACAAAUAAUUGAAGUUAACGUUAACCCCUUCGAACAAAGUCCAAAAAGACAUACAAAGGCAAACUUUAGACGGUCCAAUGUCUUCCUCUUUCCUCGACUCUUCUAUUCUAUUUCUUCUACCUCUUGUGCCUAACAUUCUUUGAAAUAAGAAUCCCCAUACCCACUUUCAAGAUUUGCUUUUACAACAUUCUCAGAAUCUCAACAAAAAAUUAAAUAACAAAAAAUUAAAGGAAAAGACCAAGAAAUCCAUAGCCCUAUCAACGCCCCCUUUCACGUUAGCACACCUCUCCUACUUCUCCUCCACCCCCUUUCAUCUCUCUCUGUAUAAUUCACAAAAAUAAAAAAAAUAAAAAAAAAUCCUAUAUAGUGACCCUUGACCUUAAAAGGCUUCAAUCUUGCCCUUUUUCUUCUUCUUCUUGAAUCAGUGUUUAUUAGAAAAUAGAAACAAUGAAGAAUAGACAUACUGUUAAAGUAUCUGUAAAAUGGAUUCCCAUUUUCUCUAUUGCCUUCUUCUUCAUUGGAAUGCUAUUUUCUAACAGAUUGUGGUCACCAACUGAAUCCAGCAGUCAGCUCAUAGCUCAGCAUAGAAGGGACCAAGAACUUCAAGUUGUUUCUGAGGACUGUAAUUCAACCAAAAAGAAACAAGGACAAGAUAAGGAUGUAAUGCAAGAGGUGUACAAAACCCAUGAAGCAAUUCAAUCAUUGGACAAAUCAAUUGCUAUGCUUCAGAUGGAGUUGGCGGCCACUAGGAGUACACAGGAGAUAAAGGCGGCUGAUCAGUCUUCCAAUUCUUCUCGUUCUCAGGAUGGACCUCCGAGAAAGAAGGUUUUUGUGGUAAUUGGAAUUAAUACCGCUUUUAGCAGUCGGAAGAGGCGUGAUUCCGUUAGAGAAACUUGGAUGCCUCAAGGGGACAAGCUUCUCAAAUUGGAGAAAGAGAAGGGAAUUGUAGUCCGGUUCAUGAUUGGUCACAGUGCAACAUCUAACAGCAUACUGGAUCGCGCUAUUGAUUCUGAAGAAGCUCAACAUAAAGACUUUCUCCGGCUGGAGCAUGUUGAAGGAUAUCACGAGCUCUCUGCCAAAACUAAGAUUUUCUUUUCUACCGCUGUUGCAAAAUGGGAUGCCGACUUCUAUGUCAAGGUUGAUGAUGACGUCCAUGUCAAUUUGGGAAUGCUAGCUGCAACUCUAGCCCGUCAUCGGUCAAAGCCCAGAAUUUAUAUUGGGUGUAUGAAAUCUGGACCUGUUCUUGCUCAAAAGACUGUAAAGUACCACGAGCCUGAGUACUGGAAAUUUGGAGAAGAAGGAAACAAAUACUUCCGACAUGCAACUGGUCAGAUCUAUGCAAUCUCCAAGGACUUGGCCACAUACAUAUCAAUCAAUCAGCCCAUAUUGCACAAGUAUGCCAAUGAAGACGUGUCAUUAGGGGCUUGGUUUAUCGGUCUUGAAGUUGAGCACAUCGAUGAACGUACUAUGUGCUGUGGAACUCCACCAGAUUGUGACUGGAAAGCAGAGGCAGGUAAUGUAUGUGUUGCCUCCUUUGACUGGAGCUGCAGCGGAAUUUGUAAAUCAGUAGAAAAGUUAAAAUACGUCCAUGAAAAGUGCGGUGAAGGGGAAGAAGCUCUUUGGAAUGCUCUCUUCUAAUUUCCCUUAAACAAAUAGAGGGUUGAGGAUUCUUGCUGAGACAUAGCUGUCGGACAAUUUCCAUCUGGCUGGCUGUUUUUGAUUGCCAAAAUUUUCCACACAGAACUUGAUGAGUAGAGCAAUUUGUAUAAUAUGAAACUGUUAGAUUGAGAGCAUGUUUGUUGUAGAUUAUGUCUCUGUCUAGAAUCUAGAUGAUGAUUUAAAUUUCGGAUUUCGAAGGACAGUGGAAAUCCCUUUGUAAUUCUUGUCAGCAUACCUUUGGUAUGUACUCACAUUUUUUUAAUGCUGUGGAGGUGAUGUAAUUUUGGUGGUGGUGAGGUUCAUUGUUGUUUCUUGUUUGGUGCUUAUUCUAGCUAGUUUUUGAGUA